CUCUCUCCCUCUCUCUCCCUCUCUCAACCAACCCUUUUCUCGCUUAUUGUUUAAUUGAUACAGCCCAAUGUCCCUUCAGCGACCCACUCCUUAGCUCCUCCCCCUUCCCCCCCACCCCGCCCCCGUUGCUAUAAAAGCUGGGGGACUCAUGGUCAAGGGAAGCAGUCCAUACACGCGUGCAGAGAGGUCUGAAAUCCACGUUCUCUCCACUCGCCCACCAGAAGUCAGGCCUGUAACUGGCGCAGACUGUGACCAUGGCCACCAUAAAAUUCCAAGCGAAUUCACCUUACACCCAGGCGAAGCAGAUCGCCCACCCCUCGGACUACAGACAUGAACAGUACCUUGUAAACGCCGGGCUCAGCCGAAGGAAGGUGAAGCAUGACAUCGAAGUUGCAUCUCACCUGCAAGUUAUCAACGUUGCACUCUUCGCCCUGGGUCGAGCAGGCUCGAUCCACCUGGGCAACAUCAUGAAAAACCCGCGUCUGAACCUCAAGUACCUGGUGGAGCCGAGCGUGGAGAAGCUGGAGCGCGUGGCCAGGGAGUGGCGUCUCCCGCCCUCCGCCCUGCUGACGCCCGAUCAACAGGGCGUCGUGUUCGGGGAUGAGGAACUUCACGGUGUGGUGAUUGCCACGCCCACCCACCUGCACAGAGACCUGGUGACAAAGGCGCUGAAGGCUGGCAAGGCCGUGCUGUGCGAGAAGCCUAUUGCCGAGGAAAUGGAGAGCGCUAAGCAUUGUUACGAGAUCGCACAGAAGACGGGGAAGCCUCUGAUCUGCGCGUUCAACCGGCGCUUCGACCCGAGCUUCUGCCAGCUUCAGAAGGAGGUGCAGGCGGGGGCGAUCGGCCAGGUGCACUUGGUCAAGACGGUGGCCAGGGACUCGCCGCUGCCCUCCAUUGAGUACCUCAAGCAGUCGGGCGGAAUCUUCCACGACUGCGCCGUUCACGACAUCGACCUGAUCUGCUGGGUGAUGGGCGAGUACCCUGUCGAGGUCUACGGCGCCGCCUCCUCCUUCAUUCCCGAGGUGCGUGACAUCGGCGACCACGACACGGUGGCCUUCACCAUGAGGUUCUCGAGCGGCGCCCUCUCCAUGACGGACCUCAGCCGCAACGCCGUCUACGGGUACGACCAGCGCCUCGAGGCUUUCGGCCCUAAGGGCAUGCUCAGCGCCCACAACGAACGCCCAUACCAGAUCCGGCGGGCGACGGAGGCGGGGGACACGGAGCCGCCCAUCCUGCACUCCUUCCCCUCGCGUUACUACGAGGGAUAUGUGAGGGAACUCGAUCACUUCUGCGACGUCGUUCAAGGUCUGGACGACAACCUGCUGUCCGGCGAGAACACCCUCCGUGUGUCUAUCAUCGCCUCUGCCCUCGAUGAAUCGGUCAAGACAGGUCAAGCGGUCAAGGUCACGUACUGACGUCAUCGGUCUGUUGGAGGCGGAGGCUGUUUUUUUUUUUUUUUUUUUUUUUAAGCGAAAUUUGUUGUUUCGUUUCGUUUUUUUUUUGUUUUUUUUUUUAAGCGAAAUUUGUUGUUUUCUUUCGUUUUUUUUGUUUGUUUUUUUGUUUGUUUGUUGGCGAUGGAGAUGAUAUAAAUUUGCUGUUGAGGAAUGUGUAUUUGUGAACACGGAUACAAAUGCACACGCACGCACACAUACCCACACCCACAUACACACACACACACACACACACACACACACACACACAAACACACAUAACACCCCCACCCCCCCUACACACAGAUCAGAUAAUCAUAAACAGCUAAAAAUAUGUUCUUUUCAAUCCUGAAUGUCUGUAAAUCUGUCUGUUUCCUGUCAUUAUUGUUUUUUUUCGAAAUAAACUUAAUGUUUGAUAAAAGACUUAAUUACUGUAAUACAUUCUCGCUUCAUAUAA